AUGUCCGGCGCAGCACAAGGAGAUGCCAACACCACAAAGGCCAUCGUUUCAGACCGCAAGGACGACUCGCAACCACUGGCUCCCCAGAAGCAGGCCGCUCAGCUCGAGGAAGAUGACGAAAACGAACUCAAGAAGAUGGAGAAGCGUUGA